CGACAAGAGAGAGACUGGGGCGACGGCUACAUAGAGGGCAGGGGCAGAGAUUCCGACAUUGUGCAGCACGCAGUCAUGGCUUGAUUCGACUGCGCGCCCGCCAGCACCAUCACCAGGCCCCUGAUCCUGAAGAGGAAGUUGCGACGCGACCCUCAUAUUUUUCCACGGCCUGCACCCCAACAUGAACCACGAACACGGUGAUGCCGUGAGCGAGAACGGCGACAGACAGCAUGCGCCGUGGCUGGCCAUCCCGUCCCGCGCCAUUUCAGUGGUAGAACACCCAUGCUUGAUCAAGAACAUCGACAAGGGCAUUGCCUCACUGGGAGGACCUGUCAAACUGAGCAAGGGUCUGAGGUCGAAGCUGGAAACAACCACCAACGCAGAAGGCGACGAUGAGCUCAAGAAACUCAUCUCAGUGUCCCUGCGGCCAGACGACCCCUUUGCGAAGCGUUUGCUCUCCACCCCAGUGACGACCAGCAACCUGCUCCUCAAAGUCACAGUGCCCAAACGGACUGGUCGCAGACGAAAGCGGGGCUCUUUGGGACCAUUCUUAGCCGAAGGUGAGACAGGAAGCACGACGACUCCGUAUGUGGACGCCGCGGUCAUCUACAUGAGUCUCCAGGACAAUGUCUCCACCUACAAAGUCGCCCUCGCUGGAAUGGUCGACGAGACUCAUCGGUUUCGUACUAUGCCCGACUUGCAAUACGCUGCCACUCAUAGCGAUAUGAUGGCUGGCCUCAGACAGCAUGUUCUGCCUUUACGCUACAGCCAAGUGAAGAACUACACACUCAACACGGCGGCCGGCGCAGACUCGACAAAGUCAGUUGGGCCUUCUGCGGAAUUUCUGCAAAUGCCUGUUGCUUUCAACUAUCGGUUCCAGCAGAAUACUUAUAUCAAAUACACUGGCAAAGGCGAGGUCAACCUGCAGAAAAGCUUGGCUUACCGUGGCCAUACCAUUAUCAAGCCCACCGCCCAAGGUGUUCCUACUGGUCCGAAGCCAACUUUGCCGCCUGAGUCAUCUCUCUCGCCGUAUCUGCAGACCCUGAUCGCGCAGAUCAGAGCCGAACUAGCAUCAAGACCCAUCAUCACUCGACACAUACUCUACAACAAACUAGGUUGGAGUAAACGCUACCAGCUAAGACAAGCCGCCGUGUACUGUGGCUACUUCUUCGAGAGUGGACCAUGGCGAGAGGCGCUUGUAAAAUGGGGACUUGAUCCGCGUAAAAACCCCAAAUACCGGAGCUAUCAAACAGUGUCGUUUCUAUCCUAUCUCAAGACAGGCACCCCUAGACACUUCAAGGCUCACGACCAGCAUGUGCAGAAGCUUAUCCACAUGUCGGCGAAGGAUUUGGAAGAUCAGCACACGUUUGACGGAGUCACUGUGUCCCACACAGGCAACCUCUUCCAGUUCUGCGACAUCACGGACCCCCUGAUUGCAAACAUCCUGGACACAAGCGACAUCCGGGCAACAUGCGCGCCGACUUUUCAAGGAUGGUUUCAUGUUGGAACAUGGGCAAAGGCAACCGUCAUUCUCAAGGACAAGAUGAACACUAUCAUUGGAGGGGGUACGCCAGAUGACAGUAUCUACAGGCGCCUCAUCGAGUGGCCCGAGCUCUGGGACGACAAGGAGAUAUACGAUACGUACAGAGACGAGGUCAACAACCGCGAGAUACAUCAAGAAAAAAUCAAAGAGCACAACGUCAUGCACAGUGCGCGAUGGGCGGCAAGGAACCCGAGAUAUGCCUUUGAGAAAAUGGAGGCGGCGGAGCAGCAAGCUGACGAAGCAGAGGACGGCGACAUUCCCGAGGAUAUGACGGAGGAUCCUAUUACAGCGGAGGCGAUUCUGAAUGAAGAAAACAACGGUAGCAGCGACGACGAGGAUGACGAGGAUGAGGACGAAGGGGAUGGUGAAGAUGGCGAACGGAAUGAGAAUGCUGGUGGAGCUUGGGGGUCAGACAAUGGAGACGACGACGACGAUGAUGAUGACGAUGGCCUUGCCACGUUCUCACGAGCGGCAUCUGAGGGCCCUGCGCCGUUUGGUGGUCUCUACAGAGUGUAGAUGGGAGGUGAACAAAUGUUACAGUUUUGUGGGUGAUACGCGAAGCAGCGGGCAGGCAAGACGUUGUCGAUCAUGUACUAUAACGUCCUCGCAAUCACAGAACAUGAAAAGUUGUAAUGGAC